GAAGAAGAAUUUGAAGAAGAGAAAGUACUUUGAAAAACGUUCUCGGUGAAAAUAUUUGAAACAGGAUGCAGCUGAUGAGCCUGAUGAUCUCUUUGUUUGUGUUUGGUCUGCACAUGCUCCCGUCCCUGAUCUCUGGCCUGCAGGUGGUCUUGGGACACACAGCCAUGAUUUCCUGUAAUCGCAGCUGUUCUACAGUCGAAUGGAUGCGAAACAGAAUCUCGGUUGUUCGUUUUGUUGAAGGAAAGUUCACCGUUGCGCCAGAGUUUAAAAGCAGGAUUAAGUUCUCAUUAGAAAACCUGAAGAAGGGAAACGUCUCCCUCGUUAUAACCGACACUGUGUACAAUGACAGAAGCUGGUACACAUGUUCCUGUGAUGGACACGAGGGCUGCGACCAAUACCUGGACGUUCUCCUUCCAGUUUCACUAGAGGUCGCUGUUGGAGAUCAGGCAAAGCUGCCCUGCUACGCAGACACGAACAAACUCACCCCUGAAUCGAACGCCAGCAUCCGAUGGGAAAAAAAUGACGCACUGGUGGUGAAGCUGAAGCACGGAGAGAUGGAGUUUGGUGCAGGAUUCGAGGAUCGAGCUUCUGUUUCUAAAGCGAAAUAUGGCAACGGAGAUCUCUCACUUACCAUCAACAGCGUGAAGAUCCCUGACGCUGGAUUAUACAGAUGUUUUCAUCUGAGUGAGAAAGACACACAUCCGGAGGUCAUCGAUCUCAUCAUUAAAGAUUGUCCAUCAUCCAAUGUGAUCAUCGCGCUCGCUGUUAUCAUCGGAAUCCUUGUGUUACCUCUUCUGCACUUUUGUCACGGAAAACUGCUUCCAGCUUGCCGUCGUCUGAAAGCACCUCCCGAGCACAUUGCUGUCCCAGGAGCUGAUGGAAAGUGACACCGUUUUUUCUUUAUUCCUUUGUCUUUCAUUUCAUUCCUUUUCAAUCUCUCUCU